UAAAAACGCCAGAACGUCAAUGCGUAUCGCUUGAGCUGUCAAACGUCAAAAACAAUUUGACAGCGCCGUUAUAUCCAGUGAUUAAUACAGCUCCUAAUUCAUUCGUUGGGAUACUCGAACGUGCGAGAGUUAAAUGAUGUCUCCUGAACCAACUCAGGAGCCGGUAGAGGAGAACCUCAAUGCUCCAGAUCUUAACAUUGGAGCAGCAGCUGCCAUAGAGUCUGACAGCGAAGACGAAGAUCCUGAUCUAGGCGGUUACAUGCCUCUUUCUCAAGUACCUCUUGACAGUGAUCCGAUGCUGGACGACGAUGAGGAUGAGGAGUGGUUAUCAACUUCACUGGACACCAACCACAUUUCUUCAUCUGUACCGGCAAGAAACGAACUAGAGGCGUGCGAACCAGAGACCUUAGAAGUCUGGUCUUCUCGGUCCAAUCAGUGUGACAUAGACUUAGACGAAGAUAAAAUUGAUCAAGUCAAAACUGCAAUGGCGUCCUUCAUGCUACCUACAACUGCAAUUCCAGAAUGGGCAAACAGUGUGUCGGAGGAACAGUGGAAACAAAUAUUGAUUGACAAAAUCAAAGAAAUGCAAAAUAAAGAUAAUAAUUGAUUCAGCUUUUCCACGUACUUUGUUGUUAUGUUUAAAUGGUGCUUCAUUAGCGAUUUAUCAACAAUUCAGAUUUGUAUAUUUAUAUUAUAUGUAAAACAAUGUAUUUAAUAAUAAUCCAAUGAAAAUGGUUGAUUUGCAAACGGAGGAAUGAGUAUAUCAUCAUUUUCUUUUUUACAUCUGAUUAUACUAUAACUAAUUCACCUUGUUGGUGAAGACUGGAAAAAAAGAAUACAUAUUUCAGUCGCGUGCACGUUAUACUGUAUAAUAUAUAGUAAUAUGUAUUCUUAAAUAUUAUCAUACAUAUUGUAUAAUUGAAUUAUUUUAUACACACAUAGUAUUUUCAUUCCUGAAUAAUAAAAACAUAGAAAAGGAAAUUUUUUGGAUCCUUGACAGUACCUUGGUCAUAUAAUUUUAUUCAAUUGGUUUCCAAGAAAAAUGCAGAGCUCUCCUUUCUGGCCUUUGCCUUUGCUUUCUAUAUACAUCAUAUGCGUGGAUACAAAUACUAAUAUUAGCGAAUAAAUUGAGCUGAAUCCCUGCUGCAUAACACGUCAUUUAUUCUACACAGUCCAUUAUUUUAGAAU